GUAGUUGGUACGUUCCUGUGGGAAGUACAUAUCAUAUAGCGUGCCUCGUAUAACUUCGUCAGUUUCGAUAUUCUACGUGCGGUAUACGAUGAAUUUGAAACGUUCAUCGCAAAAGCAAUAAGUACUGUUUUUUAGUACUGUUUUAAAUAAUUCACGUACAAAUUAAUUAUCAAAAAUAUGAAAUCUAAAAAACCAAGUAACGUUGCAACACUUUACUUGAAAGCUUAUAAUCUUAUCCAAGUUUUUGGCUGGAGUUACAUACUUUAUAAAUUUCUGAUAAAUGAUUUUACUGUGUCAGAACCAAACUUAUGGCGUAAUGUUAAAUGGCCAGUUAUUAUUUUUCAACAUGCUGCUUUUUUGGAGAUAAUACAUGCAGCAACUGGUAUAGUUAAAUCAAACCCUAUACUAACAAUUUUUCAAGUUUUUAGUCGUGUGAUAAUUGUAAGUGCUGUAUUGUUAGCAACUCCAUAUGAACAUGCAGCAUCAUCACCUGGCUUGCCAUUGGCCAUUUUAGCAUGGUCAAUAACAGAAAUAAUUCGAUAUCUGUUUUACUUUAUGAAUCUCAGUGGUUUUGUACCAUAUUUUCUUACAUGGUUAAGGUAUACAUUAUUUAUCAUAUUAUAUCCUAUUGGUGUAACUGGAGAACUGUUAUGUUUAUAUGCAGCUAUAAAGUAUGCAGGUUCUCACCCAGAGGCCUGGAGUUAUACACUUCCUAAUGCAUGUAAUUUUACGUUUAGUUAUUAUAUUACUCUGAUAAUUGUAGGACUGACCUAUAUUCCUGUUUUCCCACAAUUAUAUUUACACAUGUUUGCCCAGAGGCGUAAGAUCUUAGGAGUUGAUGCAUCCAAAAAAGCUCAAUAAUAUAAAUAAAUUUUGAUACAUGGUAUUUCUAGGGAUAUGUUUUUAUGAUGGAAAUAAAUAUCUCAAUUUAUAAAGAUA